AUGACCACGGUCGACACCUCAAACUGGCGGAAACCGAUGAUAACAUCCUCUGUGCAGGAUAGGACCCGACUUGCCCUUGCGGCAUUGGAGCAGUCUGUCCGAAAGCUUUCUUCAGACGGACAAUUCGUCCCGAAAUACUACUACCAGUGUGGAUUACUGUACUCUCAGAUGGCCGAGUUUGACCGUAUCUCUAAUCAGAAAUUGUACAAGGACAAACUGUUGAGUUUCCUCCAGUCGAGGGAGAAUGAAAGAGAGAGAUUGAACCCUUAUCUUCGAGAUGGCCUUACCUACGGAUAUGCAGCUGCACGCUCCUAUUCCGUAUACAAAGAAAUUGCGUUUCUCAACUUUGCGAUAAACUGGUGGAAUUGGGCCUCAGCAUGGACCAUCACGGAUAGCGAAGUCAUCUCAGGAGCCGUCGCUGGAAAGAACUUAACCAUUCAAACACAUUGCAUGAACAAUCCUGUUGCUGGAGGGACGUUUGAUUCUAUUAACCCAAGCGAUGCCAUUGUAUCGCUAAUACCGUCUGGUUAUUACUUCAUGUACGAGUUCGACCAGCCCUCCAUGCACGCAUGGUUUUUUUGUUAA